CGGAAGUGACGUCAGCGAGCGGCGGCGGCGGGAGCCGAGCGAGGUCCCGCCGGCCUCGCCGCUGUCCCCAGCGCUGUCCCCGUGCGUGUCCCCAGCACCGCCAGCCCCGUGUCCCUCUGUCCCCUCUGUCCCCGCUGUCCCCGCUGUCCCCGCUGUCCCCUCUGUCCCCUCUGUCCCCGCGGUCCCCACCAUCUCUGGCUCUUGCCGUGUCCCAGCUGUCCCUGCUAUCUCUGUGUCCCCUGUAACCCCACCAUCCCCAGUGUCCCCCAAGUCCCCAGUGUCCCCAGUGUCCCCUCUAUCCCCAGUGUCUCCUCUGGCUCCAGUGUCUCCCUGUGUCUCUAGUGUCACCUCUGUCCCCUGUGUCCCCUUGUCCCGUGUCCCCUGUCCCCUUCUAUCCCCAUCAUCCCCAGUGUCCCACUGUCCCCUCUAAACCCACCAUCCCCCAGAGUCCCCUCUAUCCCUGUCUCCCCAUUGUCCCCCAUCCCCCAUUGUCCCCCAUUGUCCCCCAGCGUCCCCUAUUGUCCCCCAUUGUCCCCAGUGUCCCCCAUUGUCCCCCAUUGUCCCCAGUGUCCCUCUACCCGCAGUGUCCCCUCCAUCCUCACCAUCUCAGUGUCCCGAGUCCCCACCAUCCCCAGCGUCCCUGUGUCCCCUGUGUCCCCUCUAUCCCCAGUGUCCCCACCAUCCCCUCUAUCCCUGUCCCCCCUCUCUCCCCAUUGUCCCCCUGUCCCCUCAGUGUCCCCUUUGUCCCUUCUAUUCCCAGUGUCCCCUCCAUCCCCUCUAUCCCCCACUCUCCCCAUUGUCCCCCAUUGUCCCCCUGUCCCCCUUUGUCCCCCAUUGUCCCCCAGUGCCCUCAUUGUCCCCCAGUGCCCCAGUGUCCCCAGUGUCCCCUCUAUCCCCAGUGUCCCAGUGUCCCCAUCAUCCCUCUAUCCCCAUUGUCCCCCAUUGUCCCCCAUUGUCCCCGUCCCCCAGUGUCCCCCAUUGUCCCCCAGUGCCCCAGUGUCCCCAGUGUCCCCUCUGUCCCCACCAUCCCCAGUGUCCCAGUGUCCCCACCAUCCCCGUGUCCCCUCUAGCCCCUGUUCCCCCUGAGUCCCCAGUGUCCCCUUGGUGUCCCUGUGCACCCUCUGUCCCCGUUGUCUCCCUGUCCCCCAGUGUUCCCCAGUCCCCCAUUGUCCCCCUGUCCCCCAUUGUCCCCUGUCCCCCAUUGUCCCCCUGUCCCCUGUUGUCCCCCUGUCCCCUAGUGCCCCCCUAGUGUCCCCCCCCAGUGUCCCCCCGUGCGCGUGGCCGCCAUGCCGGACGCGGUGCACCACAUCCACCUGCGCACCUUCAGCCGCUCGCUGCUGCGGGCGCUGGACGGGCAGCGCGCCCGCGGCCGCUUCUGCGACGUGACGGUGCGCGCCCGCGGCGCCUCGCUGCGCGCCCACCGCUGCGUGCUGGCCGCCGGCAGCCCCUUCUUCCACGACAAGCUCAGCCUGGGCCACUCGGCCAUCGAGGUGCCGCCCGUGGUGCCCGCGGCCGCCGUGCGCCAGCUGGUGGAGUUCCUGUACAGCGGCAGCCUGGCGGUGCCGCGCUCCGAGGCGCUGCCGCUGCUGACGGCCGCCGCCGUGCUGCGCAUCGAGGCCGUCAUCGGCGAGUGCGCGCGGAUCCUGGCGCAGGCGCGGCCCCUGGCGCCCGCGCUGAGCGCCGAGAUGGGCACGGGGAUGGGCACGGAGCUGGGCAUCGAGGUGGGCACAGAGAUGGGCACGGAACUGACCAGAGAACUGACCACGGAGAUGGGCACGGAGAUGGGCACACCAGUGGCCAGAGAACUGACCACUGAGAUGGCUACGGAGAUGGGCACUGAGGUGGCCACACUGCUGACACCGGCACUGACCACUGAGAUGGGCACGGAGAUGGCCACACCACUGUCCACGCCACUGGCAACGCCACUGACCAAGGGACUGACCGCUGAGACGGCCAUGGAGAUGGGCACUGAGAUGGGCACGGAGAUGGGCACACUGCUUACCAGAGAACUGACCACGGAGAUGGCCAGGGAGAUGGCCACACCACUGUCCACACCACUGGCCACUGAGGUGGCCACGGAGAUGGGCACGGAGAUGGGCACACCACUGACCACAGAACUGACCAUGGAGAUGGCCACGGAGAUUGGUACGGAGAUGGCCAAACCACUGUCCAGACCACUGACCACGCCACUGACCCCAUCCCUGACCACUGAGCUGGCCACUGAGAUGGCCACACCACUGACUGGAGAACUGACCACGGAGAUGACCACAGAGCUGGCCAGACCGCUGUCCACACGGCUGUCCACACCAUUGUCCACACCACUGAGCCCAUCCCUGACCACUGGACUGUCCACACCGCUGCCCACAGAAGUGCCCACGGCGCUGCCCAGCAGCGGGCACAGCCGCAAGCAGCGCCAGCCGCUGCGCCUGCCGCCCGUCCCGCUCAAGGAGGAGCGCCUGGAGGAGGAUGAGGACGGCGAGGAGGAGGAGGAUGAGGAGGCGGCGGGGGAUGAAGGCGCCCCCCGGGCCCCGCUGCUGUCCCUGCCGCGUUUCGGUGCCGCCAUCGCCCCUGAGGCGCCGUGGGCGGGGCCCGGAGUGGGCGGGGCCGGGCCCGGGGCGCCGCCCUGGUGGGCGGGGCCGGGAGGGGGCGGGGCUCUCAGGGCCCCCCCGGUGCCCCCCGGAGCCCCCCGGGGCCGGGCCCAGCCCCCGCCCCCGUACCUGUGCGGGCACUGCCAGAAGAGCUUCAGCUCCCGCAAGAACUACAGCAAGCACCUGUUCAUCCACUCAGGUGAGAAGCCGCACCAGUGCCCGGUGUGCCGGCGCUCGUUCUCGCUCCGCGAUUACCUGCUCAAGCACAUGGUGACCACAGUGACCAGUACUGACCACACUGACCACACUGACCCACACUGACCACACUGACCCCAUUGACCACACUGACCACACUGACCCACAGUGACCACACUGACCCCACUGACCACACUGACCCACAGUGACCACACUGACCCCACUGACCACACUGACCACACUGACCCACACUGACCACACUGACCACACUGACCCACACUGACCGCACUGACCACACUGACCACACUGACCCACACUGACCGCACUGACCCACACUGACCACACUGACCACACUGACCCACACUGACCGCACUGACCAGUACUGACCCACACUGACCCACAGUGACCACACUGACCCACAGUGACCACACUGACCAGUACUGACCAGUACUGACCACACUGACCCACACUGACCACACUGACCCGCACUGACCACACUGACCCACACUGACCACACCAACCCACACUGACCACAGUGACCACACUGACCCACACUGACCACACUGACCACACUGACCAGUACUGACCACACUGACCACACUGACCACACUGACCACACUGACCGCACUGACCACACUGACCCACACUGACCACACUGACCACGCUGACCACACUGACCACACUGACCACACUGACCACACUGACCACACUGACCACA